AUGGGCUUCUUCGCCUUCGAGGAGUGGGCAGCCGCCAAUCGCAACUACGAAAAUACCCCAGCGCCCUACUGGCAUGUGAAUUCCGUACCCAAUGGCUUCACGGCCAUCUCAGGAAUCCUCUGGUCUAUCUCGUAUAUAUUGAUGACAAAAAAGGCAUUCAAGGAUCGCUCCUACGCGAUGCCUCUUCAUUGUCUCUGCUUGAACAUCACCUUGGAAGCGGUUUACGGGUUUGUUUACGGCCCGGGGCUGCUAAAUCAGCUUGUUUUCGCGCAAUGGAUGAUUUUCGACGUCGUUCUCUUCUACGCAAUUCUUCGAUCGGCCCCGUACGCUUGGAGGCAGUCACCGCUGGUGGCACAACAUCUCGCGGGUAUAAUCGUAGUUGGCCACGUUUAUCCCGAGAAUUGGUCGGAAGGUCGUGUUUAUGACCGCAUGGCCCAUGCAGGCCCUUAUCAAUCUAAGCUUGAUAGCACAGCUACUGUCGCGUGGAAACACCCUCGGUCACUCUUGGGGGAUUUGGUGGACCAGAAUGUCAGGCACUAUCGCAGCUGCAUGGUGUAUGCUGUGGUCUACAUCCAUAUUCAAAGACUCGAGAAGCAGCGAGACACUCCGGUUAACAUCAGGGCGAAAAGGAGUCGCUGA